AUGAAGAACGUGUACGUGAUAAAGGUGAAAACGAAGCCACCUUUGUCUUCGUUGUAUCCAUCCGAGCGUCGUUAUUCAGCGUCUACCGUGGGAGGUCUGUCCUUCGUCCAUUUUGGUCUCGGUGCGCUUUCCCUUCUGCUGGGUAGCCUGGCCUUAUCUCUUCAGGGCCCGAUACUGUCCGUCGCGUGCUUGGUCCCCUUUGUCACGGGUUUGCUCGCCUGGAGAAGAUGGUACAUCGAUCGGAACAUCGCUGUGUUCUUCUACGGAAGCCUGUUCUCGAUGACAGCCGCGGUACUCUGUUUCGUCGCUACGAUCUUCGAUAUCGCGGCUGCAGCUCAGUGCAGAGGUACCUUGUGGUCACUCGAGAAAAUUCUCGAGCAGCCGCAAGAUCGUUCUCACCUCGAGGGACAGCUGAAAAACGAUACUAUAAUGAACGAGACGAUAUCGCUGGUGGAAGACACGUUCAAUAUCAGUCGAAGCUACGACCAGGCUCGAAAGAUGGAUACUUUUGCACCUACAACCGGCAUCGUUUUCGAUAAUAUGUCCAACAUAUCUGGAUAUAUUCUGAGAACUUCCACCAGCGAUCCUGGAGAGGACGAAGAUCCUAUAGACGAGGUGCAUUCACAUGGAGAUUUUGGAAACGUCACCGAGGAAUCGUUGGAAAGUACGAGGAACAGAGUGAUGUCGUUUUGGCACAGGGAUCAUCGGGAGUUUUCUCACACGAAGAUCUUGCUAACGGUAAACGUGCUGGUCGCGUCUCUUCUCGAGGUAUUUUGGUCGGCUUUGAGCGCCAGAAUUGCGCUUAGAGGGAUGAUGAAUCGUUUGGCGGAGAGUAGCUACGCGAAUGGAGCAACAGGAAACGCGAAAUUGGAGGGAACAGGAGGAGGAAAGAGGAAACCGCCAGCCCCACGGCCGGACAUUUUAGAUCACGAUCGUAGACUAUCCGAAAGCUUGCAAAAUUUAAGCGCACUGCACAGUCUGAGAAAUCCUGGGCCAAGAUUGCCUCUGCCAGAAUCUAGCAGAGAAUUCAGGGAAAGGGUGGAGAGGUUUCUGGCGAAUCAAGCGGCUCACCGUGUCGUCGAGGGAUCCUGCUCUUGA